GCGAGAGUUUCUCCAGUUCAAUUAUUAUUUUCGCCUCUUCAUAACGAGCAUGGAGGAUUAUCUCGCUAUUCAGGAAGAUGUGCCUAAUUAUCAUCACUUUUUCAAUUUAUCUUGUAACGAUUAUGAGGUGCCGUCAGCGGGGGAGUACAUGACUAGUUUAGGGGUGUUUGGCACGAUAUUCGUCAGCAUCGGGACGAUCCUCACGACUGCCACGAUUGGGCUGGCAUUAGAGGCCUGCUCUCGGGUGAUUUUCCAAGUGGAAACCAAGUUCUACAGGACUAAUUGCAUGUUGGUGCUCUCUGUCUAUCCUGUUGCGAGCACUUGCAGUCUCGUUGCGCUGGCUAUUCCGAGAGCACAACUGCUGACGGAGGCUAUAACCCAAAUCUCCCUCACGAUAUCAAUGUAUCGUCUUUACCUUCUUCUCAUCGAUGUCGGUAGGAGAAAGGUCACAGGUGUACCACCAAUGCUGCUGAGAGUCGGGCCGUGCUGUUGCUGGCCGUGUCUACCAUUCCCCAGCCUCCAAUUCAAUGAGGCCAAUUUGUCGUGGCUGCAAAUAAUCGUCAUGCAGUUUCCUAUCGUUCAGGGCCUCAUAUACCUCAUUUUCCUCAUCAUGCACUCGGAAAAUCCCAUGAUUUAUGGGAAAUACAAUGUCUUCCUGCAACCCAUCUCCAUCAGCAGUAUUCUCCUGGCGCUCUACGGAUUGAACAUCACAUUCAUGAGCCUCAAGGAUAUCAAUCCUGAAUUGAGGCUUCGAUUGAAGGCGAUAGUCACGCAAAUGGUGUUGCUUUUUUCAAAACUGCAAUUGGCGAUCAUCAGGGCACUACCAGCUAUUGGACUGUUUCCCUGUAAUCCACCGAUAACACCACAGAUUUAUGCCAAUUUUACCUACAACGCACUGAUGCUAAUCGAGAUGUUGCUGCUCUGCUACGCGGCGAGGCAUCUAUAUACGGAACAAAGAGACGAGAAGGCGGACGGGACGUCCACAGUACCUGAGGAGCAUCGCUUGAAGACUGAAUUAACAAAUGGAAAUAUCGUUAGACAGAAUAAUAUUAAUAAUAAUAAUAAUAAUGAUAAUAAUAAUGGGCGUGUGCAGGUGCCCGUUGGAGUGGCAAACAUGGGGUUCCAGUGAAAAAUUGACGAGUUGUAAAAAAAAUUCAUCGAGACUAAGAACGAAACGGAAUUAUUUAUUGAAAAAUGGGAAAACUUGUAAUUCCGACAAUGCUCAAGGGAAGACGAAGAUUUGAUGAUAUAGGCCCCUUUCUUCAAAGAGAAAUGAGGGAAGAGGUGAAGGACGGAGAAGUGGCUGGACGCACUUGAGAAUUUUUCCUACCGUUCCUUAUUUCCAUAUUGAGUCACCACUCGUCGAAGAGAACACUACAAGCUACCUGAACUCUUUCCAGACGUCAGUCUGCUGAGUUACCUUUUAUUUUAUGCACAUUUAAUCACGGAAUAUCAUUGGAUUGUCAGGCGUGAUGUGGAAUUAAUUAUCAAGUUUUGUACGGUUUAAAUAAACGUCGAUGGUUGUCUUAAAAAUAAAAUAUGGUGAGAU